AUGGUAGACACCGUUGAUGCGAGGCUACUGCAAUGCAGGCUCGGAGUCACAGGGGGUAAUCGGACUGUGAAGUCGGUGUACGGGGACAAGUCGUGGGUUGAGGAUCUGGAUAUUGUCAACGAGCUGGGCGCACACACCGGGUGCGUCAACGCCUUGAGUUGGUCUAGAAGUGGAAGCUUGCUAGCCUCGGGCUCCGACGACACCUAUCUGAACAUCUGGGAUUACAACCCGGCAUCCGACUACAAGCCUUUCACCCUGAACACGAGUGUGCAUACGGGCCAUCAUGCCAACAUCUUCUCCGUCAAGUUUAUGCCACAUUCUGGCGACCGGACGGUAGUGUCGUGCGCCGGAGACUCGGAGGUUCGGGUGUUUGACUUGGAAUAUGCAGGGGCAGCACGAAGCGGCUCGACCGCUUCGAGCUUUUCCACAAGCACAAGAAGCCGCAGAUUCAACAAUUUCUUUCGGAAUGCACGAUGGUUGAAUGAGGCCAACACCAAUGCUCGCGUGUACCGAAGCCAUGCCGACCGGGUCAAGAGGAUCAUCACUGAGUCUAGUCCUCAUCUCUUCAUGACGUGCUCCGAGGAUGGCGAGGUGCGCCAGUGGGAUCUACGGCAACCUUCUUCGGCAUAUCCUUCCCCUCGGGGAGGAAGAGCGUAUGGAGACGUUCCACCUCCUCUCAUCUCGUACAAGAAGUAUGGGCUGGAUUUGAAUACCAUCUCCUGUGCAGCAAGCCAACCACAGUAUAUUGCCCUCGGGGGAGCCCAUCUCCAUUGCUUCUUGCAUGAUCGCCGUAUGCUUGGCCGUGAUCUCGAGGCCGAACAAGGUCGUCCUGCUUCUCGUAACCCCAUUGCGGGCACUUACGAAGAUGAAUCGAUGGCGGAAGCGACACGGUGUGUGAAGCGAUUUGCCCCCAAUAACAAACGGAAGAUGGGUCUCAAUGAUCAUGGCCAUAUCACGGCCUGCAAGAUCAGUGACGCCAAUCCGAACGAGAUGGUGGCUUCCUGGUCGGGGGACUAUGUCUACAGUUUCGACAUUGUCAAGUCCCCAGAUGCCAGAGAAGCCGGGGAUAAAGCUGACAAGGCUUUCCAGGCCGCUCGGCUGCGGAAUAGAUCUGAAGGGAAUAGAAAGAGAACCAGGGCCAAUGUUUCUUCGACCAGUUUGGCGGAAGCAGCCAGCCCCAGCCGCCGUCUCCGGAGAGUUCCAGACGACAGCCUAGAAGAAGGCCGCACCGCGCUUUUAGCCAGGUACACUGAUGGAAACUCCGAAUUGAUACCAAUACCACACGAAGAGUCAGCACGAAAUGUCGAACCAGCUUCUUCCAACGAGCUACUACUUACGGAAGCGCAACGGGUGGCAGAGCAAGUGGCGAGAUCUGUGGUCCAGCUUCGCAAGACCUUGUUCGACUUCUCUGCUAUACUCAGCCAGCAGACGGCUGCCUCUGUGGAAAAUUCUUCUGAUCUGACUCCUCACACUGCGUCGUUUACUACAGCGCUGGGUCAAUGUGCUGCCCUGCUACCCCAGAUGGAUGAGAUCAUUCGAACAUGGUCUUAUCCCGUAAAUCCCAGUGAAGACGACGUGACCUUCCAAAACACCCUUCGGUACAAUCGGCUAGCAACAUGGCGGUUUGUGCAGGGGACAGGCUGCCUUGCACGGACCCUGGGCGGUACAUUACAAAGUCUGAGUCUGGGACCUGACGUUCGCCUCUCGCAAUUCCAUGUCAUUAGGCCUCCUGCUCACGAAGGUAAGAACAUCAGUAAAGACUCCCAGUUCUGCUAUGAUUUCCUCAAAGCGAUUCUACUGUGGAUUGAUGGAGGCCAAGAGGCGGUGCUGGAUGCGUUCAAGAGGCCAGGCCAUGUCAGCAGUGACAGCCGUCGAUUCCCACUCGACGAUGAUGAUACGGUAAAUGAUUAUAUCCCAAAGCUUGAGAGUUUCCUUUUGGAACUCGCCGAGGACGACGUUCCGGUGGUAGAUAUCGACACCAAUCGAUUUGAACGCGACGACACCCGUUUGAUCUUCCCGAGUCAAGUAUCUGCUGUGCAGACUUUUAUCGGAGCUCUGACAAAUGUCAAGCUUCAACUGAAUCAAGGAAUGUCCGCUCCUAGUGAAGGUACUGACGGCACCACCCGGAUCAUGGACAAAGGGGCCGCUGCGAGGUUUUGGGGGGUCAAGGUGGGCCGAUCACUACUCAUGCGUGCUGGCGAAGGUAUCAACUUUGAUUUUGUUAAUCGGGUAUUUGGAGGUCUACGAUUUCAUAUCGUGCCGGACUCGGGCCACGAAAGAUCACAAGAGGAUGUUGACCCUGAUGAAGCUGAUCGUAUCGUGGAAUCACUCGAUGUGAUUACUGGCCUUGAUGUCGCGGCUCAUCAGCUGGCAUCUGGCUCAUCUGCAGGAUCUCCAGAAACGGUACGUGAUACGACUGAAGAGUCGGAGCGGUCUGAUGUCGAGAUGAGGACAUUUCCUACAGUUCACGUCGAAGAUGCGGAUGAGGAUGAGGAGGGAGAUGAAGACGAAGACGAAGACGACAAUCCCGACGAUCAAUCUGAUUCGGAUGAACGCGAUUCGGACGAUGACGACGAUGAAGGCGAAUAUGCUGUGAACCCUGUCAUGUACCACCGUCGAGUCGGUGGAGGAUUUCGCCAGCGUGCUACGGUCAACCUCCAUGUCCCUUACUCAUCUCAUUCCAGAAUCUACAAGGGCCAUUGCAACACGCGAACUGUCAAAGAUGUCAACUUCUAUGGGCUCAAUGACGAGUAUGUUGUCAGUGGAUCCGACGAUGGACAUUUUUUCAUCUGGGAUCGUAAGACGUGCAAAAUCAUGAACAUCCUGAAAGGCGACGGCGAAGUGGUCAAUGUAGUCCAAGGCCACCCGUAUGAGCCUAUGCUCGCCGUUAGUGGCAUCGACAGUACGGUGAAAAUAUUCGGGCUCGGCGGCGACAGCCGAGAACGGUACAACGCGGCUCAAGGGAUCGACGUUGCAAACCCGGGUGGCGGUGAGCACAGUUCGUUGCGAUUCGGUGGCAGGCGAAGAAGACGUAGGCGAAUGGGCUACGGCGGUGAUGACGAGGAUAGUGGCGAUGACGAUGACGACGAGGAGAAUGGAACGUCGGCCAACGGAGGGUUGGCAAGCCGACGGGCGAUGCAGCAUGAGUACACCAUCACCAGCCAGAACGAUGCGGCGCGAAGGCAGGGUGCCGGCGAGACGUUUGUCACGGUAGGUUACCAUCGAGUGCUCGCGGUCAGAUUCUUUGGUUCAGAAAUUGCUGACUUUUGUUGGCUGCCACGCAGGAGUCCAUGCUCACUAGAUUUGCUUUGGCUUUGCAACGAGGUCAGCUCGACACGAUUCAAGGACAAGGGUUCGGUGGCCAAGGUGGAACUAUCGUGGUGGAUGACAACUGCGAGGUGA